AUGCAACAGUUAAGUGUUAUUAAAGAAUGCGUUGUAUCGCCUUAUUAUAAGAUUAUUUCAACAUCUUCGACUGCUCUUGCCAAUCUUGACUCUCAGUUGGUGACUUAUUCUUCAGAUAAUAAGAAAAUGGUUUCCCUAAUUAUGGUAAAUGAUAACAUGGAAAAAAAACAAUAUAUUCGGGUUUUCAAUCGGAUCGAAAAUCUCGAACUUUGUUGUGUAGAUGUUACAACGCCAAAAAUGCACGGGGUUAUCCACGAAAAAAGCCCAUUCGGCGGCUUCAAGUGGUCAUCAAAUGGAGACAAAAUUCUGUAUGUUGCUGAAAAGGAAGAGAAAGCGACAGAAUUUUUUGAUGCAAGUUUGGACUGGAAUGAUGCAAACAAAAUACAAGAAUCACAUAUCGUACAUUUUGUUUUUUCAUUUCAUUUCAUUUUUUCGAAACUUUUUGGCAGAAAUGAACGAUGA